AUGCGGCUUUUGCCUAUCUCUCUGCUUCUUCUCUCGCCGUCCUUCGCGGCCUCUGCUGUGAAAGUGGACACAGUCGACGGCAGGAGGACUUGCACGGUGACUAGUUUAGGCGAUGAGCAGAAUGACGUCCCGAACAUUGUAUCUGCAUUCGAAGAGUGUGGAUCCUCAGGGACCGUGAUCUUCCCUGAAGGUGAAAACUACUGGAUUGCUGAGAAGUUCACAGCGAAUAUUGAAGAUGUGGAAAUUGAAUGGAGAGGAACAUGGACGUUCUCCGACGAUCUGGACUAUUGGCGCGAAAAUUCAUAUCCAAUUGCUUUCCAGAAUCACGCAGCCGGGUUCAUUCUGAAAGGCAAAGGGAUCCGAAUCAACGGGUACGGUACCGGUGGGAUCAAUGGGAAUGGAGAUCUCUGGUAUACCGAUGAGGCUGGAACUACGAAGCCGGGGCGACCUAUUCCAUUUCAACUCUGGAACGUCAGCGAUGUCACUGUUCAGAACUUCGCGAUCAUUGAACCUCAGCUUUGGGCCAUCAAUAUCAUGAACGGCACAAAUCUCGAGUUCGAGAAUAUCCAUGUUAAUGCGACUGCCUCCAAGGCACCUUCGGGCAAGAAUUGGGUCCAAAAUACGGAUGGUUUUGAUACAAUGGACGCAAACAACGUUAAACUGAAGAACUUCACAUACACUGGAGGUGACGAUUGUAUCGCAAUCAAGUCUCGAUCAUAUAACAUCCACAUCGACGGAGUGGUCUGCAAUGGCGGCAAUGGUAUUGCUAUAGGUAGUCUCGGCCAAUACCUUGAAGACUCCAGUGUUGAAAACGUUCUCAUGCAGAACGUCAAGGUUCCCCGCACCCGAUUUGGCAUGUACAUUAAAACCUGGAUGGGCGAACUCGUCGAACAAGACGGCUACGAGAGCGGAGGCCAGCCCCGAGGAGGCGGCUGGGGCAACGUCCGCAACGUUACGUUCUCUGCUGUCGACGUGACAGAUGCCAGCAGAGUUGGGUACAUUCACCAGAAUGAAGGAGAUAAUGGGUCAUUCACUGGAACCAGCAGGAUGGAGAUCUCGGAUGUCGUUUUUGAUCUGUUCACGGGCACGUUGGCUUCGACUAGUAACCAGAUUGGUAUACAGUGCAGUAAGGUUCAUCCCUGCUAUGAUAUCUAUUUCGGCGACAUGGAUGUGGAGUCUUCGUCUGGGAGCAGUCUCACUGGUAAAUGCACGUAUGCGAAGGAAAAUGGCAUUCAUGGGCUGUCUGGCUGUUAA